AUGGGGCACGAUGCCCGCCACACUGUCACCCUGGCCCAGAAAGCUGAGAGCAGGUUCAUCCUCAGAGGGGCCAUGUCCAUCCCAAGAGCGAGAUUAGACUUGGUUCUCUGGGGUUCACAUGCCCCCUGUGGGCUGUGUCUGAGCCCCGGCCCCUGCGGCCCUCUCUGCAGGUUCUCCCAUGGGCAGGUGGUCCCUGUGGAUGAGCUGCGCCCCUUCCAGGACCCGGACCUGAGCUCCCUGCAGGCUGGUUCUGCAUGUCUGGCCAAGCAACCAGAUGGUCUCUGGUACCCAGCACGGAUCACUGAUAUGGACAGCGGCUACUACACAGUCAAGUUUGACUCGCUGCUGUUGAAGGAGGCCGUUUUGGAGGGGGACAGCAUCCUUCCCCCACUGCGCCCAGAGCCUGCAGUAUCCUCUGACUCAGACAGUGGUGACCCGGACGAUUCCAGCUAUGCCAGAGUGGUGGAACCCAGCGCCACCGACCACGGGGCCUGCAGCUCUGCCUUUGCGGGCUGGGAGGUGCACACGCGGGGCAUCGGCUCCAGGCUGCUCGCCAAGAUGGGCUAUGAGUUUGGCAAGGGUCUGGGCCGACACUCGGACGGCCGGGUGGAGCCCAUCCACGCUGUGGUGCUGCCUCGAGGGAAGUCGCUGGACCAGUGUGCAGAGAUCCUACAGAAGAGGACCAAGGGCAGCAAGGCUGGCACUAGUCAGGCCCCAAAAUACCGGGGCAGAGGAGGCAGGCCUGGGGGCCGCCCGCCCCCUCGGAGCGUGUUUGACUUUUUGAAUGAGAAGCUGCAGGGCCAGGCUCCUGGGACCCUGGAGGCAGGGGCUGCCACCCUUGGGAGGAGGAGUGGCAAGGAGCUGUACCAUGCCAGCAAGGGCACCAAGAGGGCCCUGAGCCUGCGGCUCUUCCAGACCGAGGAGAAGAUUGAGCAGGCCCAGCGGGACAUCCGGGGCAUCCAGGAGGCCCUCGCCCGCAACACUGGUCGGCACAGCGUGACCGUGGCCCAGCUGCAGGAGAAGCUGGCAGGAGCCCAGCGGCAGCUGGGGCAGCUCCGGGCCCAGGAAGCGGGCCUGCAGCGGGAGCAGAGGAAGGCGGACACCCACAAGAAGAUGACAGAGUUCUAGAGCCCAGCACGUGCCAGGGACAGGGCUCGGCUCCAGCUCCCACAGCUUCCGGAAGACCUGCUGUCCUCCAAUAACUAGAUGCCGACAGAAGAGAGGCCACCCCCAGACCAGACCUCACGGUCAGCCUAUUGCCAGGCCGGGGUGUGCGGACAUUGCUGAGUGGAGAUUGGGUACAGGGGUCACGUCUUGAUGCUCACGUGCCCUCAGAGCCCCCCUGCCAGUGUCUGCUUAUCAAGGACAUUAAAGUGACUUUGUCGCUGUC